AUGGACGUAGACAUGAGGGUGGAGGCAGCGCAGAUGGGCGCGGAACCGGUGGCGCACGGGCGGCUGUUGUGGGCGACCGGCGGCGGGCGGAGGUACAUCAGUUACGACGCGCUGUGGGGGGACGCCGUGCUGUGCUCCCGGCCAGGGGUUUCCUACUACAACUGCCGCGUCAGCACCACCGCCAACCCCUACACCCGCGGCUGCGAGUCCAUCACCCGCUGCUGCGACGAUGACCCUUCCUAG